AUGGGCUCGUUCAAGCUCCUGAUCAAGAAGGUCCCGGCCAACGGCGGCGCCGAGAAGCUGCUGUUCGCCGGCCGCGAGAAGAUCACCCGCGACCGGCGCUUCAGCAUGGACGGCUCGCGCGUCACCAUCUCGAACGCGCGCCCCAAGGACGCCGGGACCUACUACUGCAUGUUCGGCCUGCAGCCGCCCGUCGUCCUGCGCCACACCAUCGACGUGCAGUACGCGCCCACCGUGCGGGCCAUGGGGCGCCCCGAGCAGCACAUCCCGCGCGGCGAGAGCGUGACCCUCGAGUGCCAGGCGGAGGGCAACCCCGAGCCCAUCAUCCGCUGGUCGCGCCAGGAGGGGCCGCUGCCCUCGGGCAAGCGCAGCGAGGAGGCUCAGAGUCUGACCCUGGAGGGCGUCGACCGCCACGUCGAGGGCACGUACCUGUGCACGGCCGACAACGGGAUCGGUGAGGCUGCGGUGGCGGCCAUGAGCAUCAUCGUCGAAUACCCGCCCGAGAUCACCACCGAGAAGGCCAUCGUGCGCACCGGCGAGGGCGACCAGGUGGAGCUCGUGUGCCUCGUCCGCGGCCGCCCCGUCCCCGAGGUGGUGUGGACGCGUGAUGGACUCCCGAUCCCCAACACCGACAUGAUGGACACCAAGCUUCACCACCAACAGCAGACUCAACACCAGCAACAGGACCACAACUCCCACAUGGUGCACAGUCACUCGGCCCAUCGCCACACGCUCACCAUCAAGCACGUCACUGAAAAGGACUUUGGGGCUUACAUGUGCAUCGCUAAGAACAGUCACGGACAGAAGGACGCGACCAUACAGAUGACAGGCCUCCCGAAGCCCCCCCACCUGACCAGCAGCCCCAACGGCGGCGAGAGCGACACCUACACCCUCACGUGGGAGACGGAGAGCUACUACCCCAUCACUGAGUUCCUCGUCAAGUACCGCAAGACGCAGCUGGGGGCGUGGCAGACCAACCACACGAUGGUGAUGGGCGGGUCGUGGCAGAGCAUCUCGGAGGCGGUCGACCCCGACGCCGAACUCAACGAGGACACGAGGCACUCGAUGGCCUACACGCUCAAGGACCUGGAGGUGGCCACUGACUACGCCGCUCAGGUCCGCGUCAGAAACAAGUACGGCUGGUCCUCUGAGAGCGAGACCUUCACCUUCUCCACCAAAAAGGCCCUGGCGGUGUUGCAGUCGACCAGCACGGGCGGCGGGGCGAGAGGCCAGUCCGCCGUCGCCGCCGUCACCCUCCUGCUGGCUGCCCUCGCGACGCUGAUGUAGGUCCGCCCUGAGGCCCGUCGCGCAGGAAGCCCCGCUGCGCCACGCUUACAAAGGAACUUUCUGACUUACACUGGCGCUCACAUACUUACAUUGAAGCUGACCAACUUGUAUUGGAUAUUACACUCUUAAAUUGAAACUUUCACACUUACAUUCCUAAACUUCUACUGUGGUAUACAGGCUUCUUUUUUAACAAUAGGUACGUGAGUCUCUGCAUACACUUUGUAUACACUUUCAAUGCUAAAAUGGACGCUUACAUUCACCUGUGUAAGUUUGUUGUAACUGCAUGUAGAAAUCCAGUAAGAAAGUAUAGUGACUUACACAUACAAAUUGUAGGAGUUUACAAGUACAUUUUUGAAAUGACUGUAGGCUGUAACAUAGAGCAAAUACAUUAUACACUUUUUAUAAAGCCUAAAAAGAAACAGAAAAGAAUACAUUAGACAAAUUAAUAAUGGAAAAGAAAAGUUAAAGAAAGUUCCCUUCGUUCUCAAAAUGCGACCAGUCUCACCGAUGCGCAGGUAUAUUUUAUAAGAUUCUGGGCAAAUCCUGGAGACAAACAGACGAACGAAAAGAAAUAUCCAAAUAUUGACAUCGGAUUGACCAAAGAUCCUCUCGUGCCCUUCACUCUCAACUUAGGUCAUUCUUCGGGGCGUAAAUGGGUCUUUUCUCCUAAGUUUAAGAGAGGUCACGCACUGUGCCUUGUGCGCGGCCGUAAC